AUGUCACACAAAUCAGAACAAGAAUGUAACAAUGAUACAUACAAAAAUGAAAAAAAAACAAAAAAAAAAAAAAAAAAAAAGCACAGUUAUUCUUUAAUAAAUGAAGUAAAUUAUCUACAAGAAGACUACUUGACUUCAACUUCCAAUAUUAAUACAAAUUCAAGAAGUAAAAAAAAGAUAUAUAUAGAAGACAAAAAUGAAUUAACUGGUAUUCAACAAGAUUAUAUCAAUUGUGUAAAUAAAAAUGAAGAAGAAUUCUUCAGUCAUUUGACAUCUUCAAAUAAUAAUAAAAUUAUGAAAAGAGAACAAAAAAAAAAAAAAAAUAAAAUAAAUAACAAUAAUACAAAUGAAUCCAUACAAAAUUAUAAUAAUGCUACAGAGUUAAAAGAAAUAAUUUAUCCUAGUGGAAACCUUGAUGGAAAAAAAGAGGACAUAAUAAGCAAUUAUUUGUAUUCUGAGCAAAAAAACAAAAAUAUAGUUUCUAAUAGUUAUUGUACAGAAGAUGAAAAUAUAUUGAAUAGUAAUUUAGAUGAAAAUAUUAACAACAGUCCUAUAGAAAAUGAACAUAUUAAUGAAAAUUCUAUUCAGAAUGAUAUUAAUUUAAAUAAUGAAUCAAAUAUUUUUAAGAAAAUUUUUAAUAGAAUAAAAAGAACUGUUAUUGAAAGAAAGGGAAAUCCUAUAACUAACGAAAAUGUUGUAGAAAAUGAUGUAUGCGAAUUAAAUAUUAUAGAUACUAAUAGGAAUGAAGAGAAUAAUAUUGAUAAUGAGCAAAAUAGCAUAGAUGAAGACAUUUAUAUAGUAAAUAACCAAGUUGAUAAUAUAAGAGAAAAUAUAAAUGAACAUAAUGAGAGAACAAAUGAAAUGAUAAACUUAAACGAACUAAAUCCUAAUGAUGUUAUAGAUAAUAUAGUAUUAGAAAACCAAGAAAACGAAACAAGAAAUAGAAUUUUAAAUUAUAGUAAUCAUGAAAAUGAUGUAAACAAUAAUGUUGAUGAUAAUAAUUAUAGAUAUAGAAACAUUACUAAUAAUAUUAUUUCAUACUGUAAAAAUUAUAUGAGAGAUAUAAAAGAAAAAAUAAAAAAAUAUUGGUUAGAACGUGUUCAAGAAGCAAAUACACAACUUAAUACACCUCAUCAAAGUUCAAAUAGACCUAGUAUAAAUCCAAACGAAGAUGAAAAUGAUGAUCCAAGUUGCCUUCAAAUUCUUUUUUUUUUAGGUUUGAUUUGUAAAUUUCCAAUAUUAUGGAUACUAGGAUCUAUUGUUUUUUGUGUAACACCUAAUGAACAUAAGAGAACAAAGAAGUGGAGUUUAAUAAAUUCUAUUUUCGCUUUUAUGAGUAUUAUUUAUUUUAUAGCUACGUCUAAAUUUAAAGGAACUAAACCCGUUUUUUCUGUUGUCAUGAAUAAUAAUGCUGAAAAAAAAAAUAUUUUUAAAAAGGGAAUUGUUAAAUAUAAUAAUAAUGUUAUUAAAAAUAUUAUAAUUUUGGAUGAAUUUUCUCCAACAUUUUGGUUAAGUAUGAACUCAAAAGAUGUUUAUGAAACUAGCCAAACUUCUUUUUUAAAUUGGAAUUUUGUGUCAUCCCAAAAACCAAAUUCAAAUAUAUUGCUAAGUAGCAAUAUUUACAAAUUAUUAAAUCGUGUGCAAGUUACUAUUUUUUUUGGAAAGGGAAAUAAAUAUCCAACUGAGGAAAUUGAAAAAAUAAAGUAUUUUUUAAAAGAUUUAAAAGAAAGCAUGGAUCCGAUAUUAUACGAAAAAAUUACAAUGACUGAUAAAGAUAUUCCUGAAAAUUUUUUUGGUGGUGGUCUAAGAUGCGAAAAAGUAGACAAGCAUUUAAAUGAAAAAAAUGAUGAAAAAGGAAAAGAAAAAUGGUACCUAUUUUGGAAAGGAAAUGAUGAACUAAAUAAUAUGUUGAACGAUUUCACUUUUAAUUCUUUUAUUCCUGUAGGAGAAGUUUUUUUUUUUAAAAGUGAAUACCAUUGUAGGGUAGCAUUCAUAUAUCCAAAAAAUAUGAAUAUUGACCAAAUAAAUGUUCCAUAUAAUUUUGUUGAAAUUAAAAGGAUUAUAAUAAAAUCUUUUUAA